AAUAUAUGAAUUUUUACCAUCAAUAUUUUUGAGUUUGAGGAAAUGAGGAACACAGCACCAGCGCCUGGGUUCCUCGAACACAAGCGCAGGUUCCUCGAACACAAGCGCAGGUUCCUCGAACACAGGCGCGGGUUCCUCGAACCCAGGUGUUGGGUUCCUUCGAAGGAACCCAGGGCCUGGGUUCAGGGAACCAAGCAAACCCAGCACGCCUGGGUUCGAUGGAACCCAGGCGCGGGUUCCUCGAACCCAGGCCCUAGGUUCCUUCAAACCCAACACGCCUGGGUUCAAUGGAACUCAGGGCCUAGAAGAGCUUUGGAAGAUUUGCGAGCUUCUAUAUUUAACAAAUUCCGUCCAUCUGAAAGCGCAAAAACUCAACAGCAAAGAAUUUGGGGUCCUUUUUCAGCUCUCACAUUCAAUUUUAUGGUUGCUGUUGGUAUUAUUUUCAUGAACAAAUGGGUUCUUAAAAAUGUUGGGUUCCAGUUCCUAGUAUUUCUCACUUUUAUUCACUAUUUAGUAAGCUGGGCAUUGAUGGCUGUCUUGAAAUCCUUCGAAGGAACCCAGGCCAACGGUGCACGUGCUACACGUGACGCUUCGACGUUAAAUUUUGCCUCAUUUUCUCAAACUCGAAAAUAUUAAGGGUAAAAAUUCAUGUAUUGUAAUAUGAAGGAUAAAAACCCUCAAAUUCAAAAAGUUAAAGGGUAAACGGUACCUUUUGUCCGGACCUAGAAAUCAGAGGUUUUCUUUUUCCGUAUGAGAGGAAACGGAAAAUACAUUGAAUGGAUUACAUUGAAUGGAUUAAUUAAGUGCCAUUUGGAUU